AUGUGCCAGGGUGAGCAGGAGCUGUUUCUGAUAGCCAGCCCCUCCCAGCCCACAGAGGGGAGCCCAGUGACCCUGACCUGUAUGACGACUCAGUCCCUUCCACAGUGGUCAGUUGAUCAGCCCCAGUUCCGCUUCUUCAGAGAUGAACGGGUCCUGGGGCUGGGCUGGAGCAGCUCCCGGGAGCUCCAAAUCGCCGCGGUGUGGAGGGAAGACUCAGGGUCCUACCGGUGUGAGGCAAAGACAAUGGCACCCAAAGUCUUAAGAAGCCGGAUAUUCCAGAUGAACGUGCGGAGAGUCCCCAUCUCUGAUGUGAGCUUGGAGACCCAGCCCCCAGGGGGACAGGUGACAGAGGGAGACAAGCUGGUCUUCAUCUGCUCGGUUGCUAAGGGCACAGGAAACAUCACCUUCCUCUGGUACAAAGGGGCCCUGGGUUUAAACCUGGGAACAAAGACCCAGCACUCACUGACAGCGGAGUUUGAGCUCCCAACGGUGAGGAAGAGUGACGCUGAGCAGUAUUACUGUGCGGCUGACAAUGGCGACGGUCCCAGGCCCAGCGGACUGGUGAGCAUCACCAUCAGAAGUCCAGUGUCUCGCCCCGUCCUCACCAUCACGGCACCCAGGGCCCAGGCUGUGGUGGGAGACGUGGUGGAGCUUCACUGUGAGGCCCCUGGAGGCUCUCCCCCGAUCCUGUACUGGUUUUAUCAUGAGGAUGUCACCCUGGGGAGCAGCUCGGUCCCCUCUGGAGGAGGAGUGUCCUUCAACUUCUCCCUGACUGUGGAACAUUCUGGAAGUUACUCCUGUGAGGCCGACAAUGGCCUGGGGGCCCAGCGCAGUGAGGUGGUGACGCUCAACUUCACAGCGCCUGUCGAGAAAAGAAGGGAUCGUCUUACAUCAGGAGUCAUCGAGGGGCUGCUUGGCACCCUGGGUCCCUCCACAAUGGCCCUCUUAUUUUGCUGCUGGCUCAAGAGAAAAAUAGGAAGACGUUCAGCCAGUGAUCCACUCAGGACCCCUCCCAGCCCUGUACCCCGAGAAUUCACCUACCUCAACUCACCUGCCCCCGUGCAGCUACCGCCUACAUAUGAAAAUGUGAAUGUUGUAAGUGGGGAUGAGAUUUAUUCGUUGGUGUACAGUAUCCAGCAGGAACAGGCACCAGCAGCAGUAGAACCCCCGGGGACACAUGUAGAGAAUAAGGACCCCUUAGACAUCUACUCUAGGCUGAGGAAGGCAAACGUUACAGAUGUGGACUAUGAAGAUGCUAUGUAA